AUGUUAAACGAGAAUACAAAACAAAUCUCAACUACACAACAAACAAAGAAACUAUUUUAUGAUGAUAUUGAGUUCUUUUAUGAUGCACCUAGGCCAAACAACUUCAAAGGAAAAGAAAAAAGUAAAGAAACAGAAGAAAGAAAAAAAACAAAAGUUGUUUCUGAGACUGAAAGAUCAAUGAAAAAAUCUUAA